GCAGCUAUAAAUAUGGAUGCACCAUGAACAUCCUCCUCCAUCAAACCAUCCUUCACACAAACACAAACACAAACACAAACACCAAAAGCAGUAGCCAACACCAGUCCACCAUGAGAACCUUCCUCAUCUUCGCUCUCCUCGCACUCGCAGCUAGCACCACCAUUGCACAGCGAGAGACUAGAUGUAGCCAGGGCAUGGCGCAGGAGAAACCAUGGUCGGUUCAGCCGGAGCAGCCGUGCCCACAUCAACAACAAGAUGAGAGACAACUGCAGCAGGGGCGCGAACAAGAAGUAGCACCCGUGUGGUGGCGGCGGCAGCAGCAGCAGCAGCUGUACCCAUGCCAGGAUUUCCUCCUGCAGGGAUGCGCCGCGGCGCCGUUCCAGCUCCGGUCACAGAUGCUGCAGCAGAGCAGCUGCCGAGCGUUGCAGGAGCAAUGCUGCCAGCAGCUGGCCUUGAUCCCUGUCCAGUCCCGGAAACAGGCCAUCUACCAAGCUGUGCAAGCUGUGUUCAAGCAGCAGCUAGGACAAGGGCAGCAGGGCAGUCUCCUGUAUCCUCAGCAGCAAGAGCAGACACUGUCGACGAUGUGCAACAACGUGUAUGGCCCACCGUAUUCCCCGGUUACCACCUCGCCAUUUGGCGUCGGUGCGGGCCAUUGAUGUGGCAUCGGUACUAAUUAGAUAGGUGGAUCACCGCUGUUUUGGUCGAUCGACUGACCGAUGCAGCGGUGACAAAUAAAAGUGUCAUGGCUCUUCAUGUGUGACACCGGCCCUUACUAUAGUUGUUGGAACUGAUUUGGAAUAAAAGACAAAGUUGUUUCUUUGUUCAGUAA